GCACAUCGCUCUGCCGGAGUUUGAGCAGCAGAAGAAGAACAGUCAGACCGGAAACUAAACAGAGCGGCGGAGCAGCGCGCGGCAGAAGAAGCUUUUAAUGUGGGAAACCAAACGACAACAAAUAAACAGCUGCAGGCUCAUGGACCCUCCACCUCAAACUCUCACUUGGUUACCAUUGGUUACAGCAUGGAGCGCUCCGAUUGGACGGAUACUUCACUGACUACACUGCCUCCAGGUGUCCAGUCAGCAGCAGGAUGUCAGACUCCUCUGAUGAAGGUAAAAACUCAACAAGCACCACAGUUUCAUUCCUGAUUUCAUGGGCUGACGACGCUCUGUGUGUGUGUGUGUGUGUGUAUGCUGCAGAUGGCCAGAGGAAGGCGGGCUCGACCAGCAGGAUGUGGGUGGAGUCUCAGCCAGGUCCAUCCAGGUGUCAGCCCAGCAGACAGGGUUACUGUGGCUACUGCAGAGUCCUCUACAGCAACUUGGACCAGCACCUGUCCAGUCUCAGACACCUGGACUCGGUCCAGGCGUCCUCCAAAGGCUCCAGCACCUUCUCCUCCACCAGCAGCCAGACCAGACUGACCCUGUUGGAGCGAUUCCUGCAGGACGUCCUGCAGCACCACCCGCACCGCUACAAUGACCCCAGGCCGUCCCACGCCGACCUCCCAUCAGUCUCUGCCCCUCCGUCACCGAAGGCGCAGCUGGAUGAACUACGUUUCUCUGAUGACAGCCGGUCGCUGGGUACCAGAGAGCGCCUGCCCAGCUCUGACGAUACGUCUUGUCAGCCAGCCAAUCAGCAGGAAGACGCCACAGAGGGGGCCGUUCAGGAUCAGCUGUCUGGACCAAUCAGACAGCAGAAGGACACGGGGACCGCCCCCACAGGGCACACACAGUCACCACCACCCCAUGCCUCACCCCCAACAAUACAAUCCACACCCUUAGACUAUCAGGCCCCGCCUUCUGUCCACAAGAAAGCCCACAGGAAGACCAACAGGAGGAAACCCAGCGAGUCCUCAUCCUCGUCACGUCCCCUCAGGGAGCCAGGCCCCAGCCCCCCGCCCCACACAGAUCCAGGACCGAGGCCCUGGCUGAGCUGGCAGAGGGACAGGAGGGAGGCUCACAGCGACUGGCUGGACCAGACCAUCGAGGAGGUGAUCCAGAUGUGCUGUCAUGGUGUCACCUCUAAUCCCUGCCAGCAGGAGGAUGCCGACAGCUACCACUUCAGCCUUCCUGUCUCCAUGGGAACCCAGAGCAAUGACUGGGAUUCACCUGUGCAGGUGGUUUUACAACAAGCUCAGACACUCGAUGACACACAGCCCCCACACACACCUGUCCAGGUGAGUCAGGCAGACGGGCGGGACCUGGGCUGUCUGACAGACGUUCAGGUGGCCCUGGAAGACCAGGUGUACUCGUACCAGCUCGACUCCGCCCUCUACAGUGAGCGUAAAGCAGGAGGUGGGGCCAGGCAGGACCAGGGUUUCUGGACUCUGCCCAUAGAGGAGGUCCUGCCGGCCCCCGCAUUCAUCCCAGAAUCCUUCAGGGGGAAGACCUGGACCCAGAUUGAACAGGAGGACGAGGAGAAGGUGGACAGACUGGUCCGACAGUUCAGACACGGGAGGUUCAUCUGCUACUUCGACAGCGAGUCUCUGGCCAGGUAUGGAAGGGGGGGCCAAAACAAGAAAGGGCAUGAUGACAACAAGGAGGCGGAGCCAAAUUGUGAUACCUUGCCCUUACUGGACCAUGAUGAUGAUGAUGAUGAUGAUGAUGAUGAUGACUCUGCGUACAGGAGGAAAAGGAGGAAGGGGCGGGGCUUCAGGGUGGCAUCCAGGUGUCAGGUGGGUGAGAGAGAAUUCAUUCUUUCAGUUCGGAGACAAACACCUCACCUGUUUUUGUUUCCUCAGGUGGUUAAAGUCAGUCACAGCACUCAGACCGUCCAAUUGGUUGUCCCAGCUGUCCGUCAGCCAGCUCUCGAGACCCUCCCCACCAGCGUCCCUGCAGCCAAUCCAGAUGUAGCAGAGAGGACACCUGAGGUGCAGACGUGGCACUGUCUUCCUCCGUCGUACUCCAACAUCAUCACGCCCGUGCAGCCUCGCACCUCUCUGGUCUACCUGCUCUGCUCCCCCUCUGGCCCCGCCCCCACCUGCACACCUGCUCACGGGUCCGCCCCCAAACGUUGCAGGAAGAAGAGGCGUCCCCUGGACGUGCAGAGGUUAAAGGUGAAAUACAAACGACUUCCUGUCAGGUUCUACGACCCCGGCACCAACCGCAUCCUGACGAACCCCCCCAAAGGCUUCCUGUGGCGCAGAGGCCCCGCCCCCUCAGGCCCACCGCCACCCUGCGUCCGUCAGCUGUUUCGAAGUCUGAGUCCAGACCUGAACACCGACAGGACGCCAGGGGAGGCGGCUGCAGGAUCCUCCAGGGUCAAAGGUCACAUGUCAGCAGACCCUCCCUUCAGCCACACCAACAGCUUCGCUCUGGGCACGCUCAGUAGGGACUCAGCACAGACUGAUGAACAGGACACAGUCAGGAGGCGGGGGAGGACAUCUAAAACCCCACCCCCUCCACCUCACAGCAGAUCAGAGCGGGGAAGAGGGGGGAGGAAGGACAGGACACGCCCCCUAACCUCCAAGAGAAGAACCAGAGCUCAGGCUACGCCCCCGCAGCCCAGGAGGGAGGGCCUGCGACGGGCAGGACCCGGCAGGAAAGUCCCCUGCUCUACGGGCCCCGUCCUGACCCCCGCCUCGCCUCACUACCCCUCACCCCGCCCAGGGAGGGCUCGGAGGGGGCGGGCCUGCGAGAGACGAAGGUAGCAGGAUACCUGGGGAGGAGAGGGGAGGGGAGGCGGGGGCGUUUAGGGGCCUCUGUUCCAAACUUUCAAUUCAAAGAUGCCUUCACUUGUCAUUUACAAUCAGGACGUUUCAUGAUUUCUAAACAUGGAUCUGAUGAUUGAUCAGUCACAUGAUGCAGGUGAUAAACGAGGCCGCCUGCUCGCUCCCGUUGAGUCAUCGUCAGUUGUAAGAUUUGAAUCUGACGUUUUUGCGAUUGAAUGACAUCACAAAUUAAAAAUGCAGAAUUUUUUUCCACGUCAACGAAUCAGAUUCGACUUUACAGGAAGUCUGGAUUUAAAUUUGAAUUCUGUCACAAAGAAAAUAAAAAUAAAAGUUGAAACGUUUUAUUUUUCAAAAACUUAGAAAAUUAAACUUGAACUUAAUGAAACGAUUUUAUAAUAAUUUUGGCAGCUGCGUGUUUUUCUACCAGUAAACACACCUGAAGGUUGUGUCAGGUGUUACUCGUACCUGUUCUACAGGUGAAGCUGUUUCUGUCUCAUGUUUUUUACCUUUAUACCUGUUUGUUUAAAUAUCAAUAUCAAUAAAGCAGUUUUUAUGAUUUGAA